GGAUUCUGUAAGGAUAACGAGAAACCCUUCUGUUACAGAAAACAUCUAAUUAUGUAAGGGAUAAUAGGACACCCUUCUGUUACAGCAAACAUUUGAUUCUGUAAGGGAUAUCGAGAAUUCUUAUAUUACAGCCAGUUUGUGUUCUAAACAAUUCCCGGAACCAUGCUGUUUAUAUUGUGGUGGGAUUAACACAUUAUUCUAACAGUUAUUUUGAAGGACACCUACCCGGAAGUAUAUAAUGUCGUGCAAAGAGUUUCUGAUUAAAACUAUCACCAUCGUAGGAGGCUGUCCAGUGCAGCUGAAGGUCAGCUUCAUACUGAUAACCUUGACCUUUUGUACGAAUCUAACAGCGAUGGUAACCUGCAGCUGGUUGGCGGGCUCGACCCCAGAUACUCGCCAGGGCCUGUUUUGGUACUGUAUACAGCAGGGCAGUACGGAAUGUUGCGCUCAGCUAGAGGACUACGCGGAAACGCAAAAUAUGACGGUACCAGCCUUUGUUCAAGCGACCCGUACAUUCGCCGGUAUUGGUGUAUGUUCGUUGUUUGGGACGUUGGUAUUGUGUAUGGCCACAGUGAUGGUGUCUAGAAAGGCACACAUCAAAAAAGAAAUGCGGUUCAACAUUGGGGCCAAUAUAUUGUCAUUUUUGAUUAUAGUUAUCGGGGUGAUUGUUUACGGUGCUAAGUUCCCUGACGAUAUGUUGACGAACCGCAUGGGACCGUCUUGGUCGUUCGGAUUCAGCGCUUUUGCGGCCUGUGUUUGUUUGGUCAACGCGUUAGUGCUCUUCUCUUACGAAGCCUGAUACAUUUAAGGACAGGAACAACAACGCAUGGCAUACAUUGAGCAUCAAAGUAGGCUCCACGUCUGUAUCUUCUAAAACACCUGUAGGGAAAACCCAAUCGUUUUGGAGUAAGGAAAAAGACAAAAAGAUCAAAUUCAUGAUUAAGCUUCAGUGGCUUUGAGUGGCUCAGUUUCUUUCUUUUCAAUUUUUUGUUUUCACCUUUUAAAACGAUGUCAUUUCCUUCUAGAUGCCAAUGCUUCCAUCAUGAUAGUUAUGUUUAAAAGGGAUUUUCAACAAAAGUUUGAAAGUCCCUAUGUGUUCUGUACGUUUUAAGAACUCUUUCUAACGACUUUUAGAACUAAGUCAACAUCAAUUUGUUUUCCUAUGGUAAGUUCGGAUAAGAAAAACUGGUUGUAAUACCCAAGGUCAGUAUGAAAUUAAACUGCCUGAAUAUAACAUAUUGAGGAAUUGACCUAGAUUUGAUGGGUGUCGUCAAUGAAGCAGAAUACGAUUACUCUUUUGGAGCACAUGGUCUCAUUCUCCAUUUUCAUAAGUCUAUAUUUUGUUCAUAGAUGUAUUUUCCCCUCUGAUUAUUACGACAGCCGAUCAGUUCCUCAAGAGACUUACGUUAUCUCGUUAUUACGACAGCCGAUCAGUACCUAAAGAGAAAACUAAAUCAUCUCAUCAUUACGCUAUCGCUGCAUUACGAGUUACUUUUACGACUUAAGCUAUCUUGUUAUUAAGAGUAACGCUACAUUUUGUAUGUCAUUAUUACGACUUAUGUUAUCUCGUUAUAACGACUUAUGUUAUCUCGUUAUUAAGAUAAAAACUAUUUCGUUAUUGUGAUGUUAUGUUAUCUCGUUAUUACGACUUAUGUUAUCUCGUUAUUAAGAUAAAAAAAACUAUUUCGUUAUUGCGAUGUUAUGUUAUCUCGUUACUAAGAUAUAUACGGUGUUAUGUUAUCUCGUUAGUAUGACUUACGUAUAUUAAUGUUAUAAAGGUAUAUUCAUUAGUUGAGAGGUCACUGUCAGUAUUGUCCAAUCAGAACAGUAUUCAGAUGAACAGACGCAAACUAAGUAGCUGAUUUGUUCCAUUAUACAUUUACGAUUGCACAAACUAUUCCAUCGAUUUUAGUUUUGUUUGGAAAUAGUUUCAGAUAAUAGCACCGACGGCAAAAUUCUAUGUAGAACCCUAUCUGAUAUGGUGCUCUUAAUUGUUGUCAAGCAUGACGUCAUUAACAGAACCUUCAAAUUCUCGCACUUCUGGUGUAGCAAUACUUGUUUUGCGUUACAUAAUUAUAAAAGCAGAACAUUUAAUAUUAUUCCGUCGAAAACAAGGCAUAUAUUUCACCUAAUAAGUAUGUAAUAUCAGCUAGUAAUAUGACAGAGAGAGUCUUCGUAAAAUUUCCUAGAGGUAACCGCUUCGGAGACAAUCAUCUUCCAUCAUAAUAAAUCAAGAUUUUAUGUACAAUGACAUUAAAAAAAGAGCUAAGAUUGACACGGACGAAUAUUGGAGUUUAAUUUGAAAGAAAAUCAUUAAAUGAAAGUUUUGUAGAAUUUGCCUAAGAUAUAUGUUAUACUUCCGUUCAACAUGAACUGUAUCUUCUCUCAUCAGAAGAUGUUAUUCUGCUAGAAUGUACAUUUCAGUGCCUAUAAGAUAGAGCGAAUGUAACUGGCAUUAACCCAACAUAUGAUAGACUGAGCGUGAACAGUAUUUCCCAAACGUUAAUGACAUGCCAUCAUAAUAUACGAAGAAUAAAUUUACUGAAAUCAACUGUACAAGAUAUAUUUCUUCUGGUUGUCUAUGACUAACUAUGUGAAUAAAGUCAGUUGGACUAUGGUUGUGCCGUAUGCUUACCCUACUAAUCAAACUUGUUAUCGUACAUGAACUUAAUUAGAUUGUUUAAUGUUCAUUUUAAAACUGUUAUUACUAUGAAUUUCGCAGGUAACAUUGCAGUUUACUCUAUAUAUCGAUCAUACGGCCUUUGUUAUUGACUUUAUGAAUUGCUGUCGUUGUAUCAGCUCUGUAAUCUGACGUGGAAGUAAAAACAUCUUAAUUUACGAACUGAUUAUGCUGUCUUGACAAAGCAACCACACUGCGAGCGUAACGAACACAUGGAUAAUAUUCCCUAAGUCAAUCUAAUAUGAUUUGUGUCAGUUCUAUAGAGUUAGAGUGUGAAACAUGGUAUUCAAUCUUGAGAAAAUGGUCUACCAUAAACACAAUGCAUAUGCGUGCAAUACACAAAUAGAUUCACUGUACAUAAAUGUACGUCUGAUGUCAUAUUAUAUUUUAGAUUGUUUUACUAACUAAUACAUCUGCUAUUUUUUGCACUAAACAAAUGAAUCUGCGAUGUCAGGUGAUUGUACAUUUUCGUUAUGUUUUAAAGCAUGAUAAAUGACGAUUACAUGUCCCUUGAUAUAAGAUAUGCAGUGGGUCAUUUAUUACUUAUUACGAGGAUGUUGAUCCUUUCGGUUUAGACGGCAGUUAAAUUAUAUCAUUGCGAUUGUCCUCUAAUUAACCGGAAGUUUGUCGCUUUGUUCACACUUAAUGUUUGAGAUCGUUAUCUGUUAAGUGUUGAUCUAUAUAUACAUAGAGGAUAUUGAAUAACCAUUCAAUUGUUAUGCUAAAAAAAAAUCAGUAACAUAAUGCAUGACGUCGUCUCUUUGUGGCGUUACUCCAAGUCAACUUGACGGUGCCAUUUUGAAAGGACUGAUCAGCACAAUUUAAGCGUUUUCUGUAGAUUAUCGGAGAGUCUGCAUGAAAAGCUAACGUCAAAAACUGGUCUUAAUAUUUCAGAAAACAUUAAAAUAACCCAUCUAUCUCUCUUCGCUUCGAUUGGAAAAAUCGGCAAAUUUCAAUGAGGUGAAUACAAAGAUUCGCUCUGAUUAGCGAAAAAUGAAAAACCAAAAUAUUCACUGCAAAAUAUUAUAUUUUCACUGCUCAUCGCAGUAGUGAAAAUAUAAGUUUAAUUAGCUUGAUAAUUUUGUUUAUUUCACUGGCAAAAUGCAAUAAAUAUUUUUCUGUCCUAUUUAUUGUUUAAAGAACUGUAUGACGAAAAUUGCUAGUAUGAUGUUCUAGUAAACUAGGUAAGUUGUUACAUGUUGUUAUUUUUAUGAUAAAGAUAUUUGUUAUUGCCAAAAUUAUCCGUAUUCAAACUAGCAUGAGGAUGUGCGAUUAUCUACACCGUUAUUAACUUAUAUGUAACACUGUUAACAAUAUACAUAGACUGUUGUUAUAAAGAAAUAUUUCUUCACCAGAACUUAUAACAUGUGGUCGAACGACCGAUAAUAUAUUAUUUAAUCAAGCCGUCCAUUAUAGCUUCACUCAUGUAUUUAUAAUGUAAGAAUAAUAGGCAGUUUAUAUAAAGUUUGUAAAAUUGCUCAAGAAAAGGGAAAAUAAAAACAAAAUUUAAACGUGAAUAAAAGAAAAGU